ACACUGCCGUUCACUCUCCUCGCAUUCUCCUUCUCCUGGAUCAAUCCAAACUCAGCGAGUUAUGAGCCAAACAGGAGGUGGUGUUGGUUCUGGUUCUGGUUCUGGUUCUGGCUCGUCUCCAUGGGAAAAUUGAUUUUAUUGGUACCUUCAAUGCUUUUGCUUGGUGAGCAUAUAUUGAUCACGAAAUUUCUUGUGUAUGUUUGCAUGUGGUUUGUUAUAUUUGGUACUUGUUGGUUAAGAGCUAGAGACUCCAAGUUAGAGAUUUCGAGUUCGAAUGGAGUUUAAAUCGUGAGGCAGAUGGGGAUGGUUAUCCCUUGUUUAAUAGCCCAUCGUCUGAUCUACAAAAGAUAUAUGCACAUAUUUGCUACUUGUUGGUUUUUAAAAUAUAAUCAUUUAGUGGAUUCUGUUGGGAUUGUUUUGCCACAUUUUGAUGAAAGCAUUUUUGUUGCUAGAUUUUGGAAUAAUUUCAUAAGUGAAAACUUUGAUCCUUCCUAAAGUCAUUGCUUGAUGAAUCUACAUAGGAUUUAGAGAAAGAAAAAAAAAAAAGUUGGAAAGUUUUAUAUAUGGAUGAUUAUUUUGGACAAUUUUUGCUGCGUAAUAUUGUAAUUCUCAUUGUUUUUGUCUUUCAAGACAUGGCCAAUCCCAAGCACCGGCUGGAGAGAUGAAUGUUAGCCACAUUGGGGGAGGCCAGGAAGGUAGCUCAGAGGAAUUGUUGACUAGAAAUGAUGCCGAAACAUAUUUGAUCCAAGUGAAGGAAGCAUUUCAAGAUGGAGGGGAGAAAUAUGACAUGUUCAUUGAGGUCAUGAGAGACUUCAGAGCUCAAAAAAUUGACACAGCUGGUGUCGUUGCCAGAGUGAAGGAAUUGUUUAAGGGGCAUAACAACUUACUUUAUGGAUUCAACACUUUCUUGCCAAAAGAAUAUGAGAUAAGCCUCGAUGAGCAUGAUAAACCGCUGGAAAAGUCAGUUGAACUUAAAGAAGCUAUCAGUUUUGUGCUCAAGAUAAAGGAACGUUUCCAAAACAAUAAACAUGUUUAUCAAUCAUUCCUAGACAUAUUGAAAAUGUACCGGACGGGGCAGAAGGACAUAAAUGAGGUCUACAAUGAGGUUGUGGCUCUCUUCAAGGAUCAUCAAGAGCUAAUUGAUGAAUUCAAAAGAUAUUUGCCACAGAAAUUUCCAUAUGGGCAGAAUUCAACUCAGGCUCAGCCUAACAAUGAGCAAAACUUUGUCUCACUGCAAGUCGAAAAGGAUAUUAUUAUUGCCCGUCUUGUUGACCUGCAUCUUAGAGUUGAUAGCCCUGACGUCGCUGGUUUGGAUGAUGAUAAAACUAUGAUGGACAUGUAGAUGGAA